AUGCAGCAGGCGCUACGUGUGGUCUGGAACAAGCUGCGCAACGGCGUUGGAAGCUCGGGCGAGAACAGCGCUGGCUACAUCAACCUGCUGGGCGAAGUGCUGCCCUGGAUCGUGCACGCGUGCUCGCAGAACGCCGACCUGAGCACGGAGCUGGUGCAUUUCUUGUUGAAGCUGCAGAGACAGCUGCAGAGUGGCUCGGGUAGCAGCAAGAGGGACAGCAGUCGGAGGGUAGCAGCAGAGUCGACUGGGAAGCCCCAAGAGCAGCGACAGCUUCUGGAGCAGGUGCUACGUGACACGUACGCCUCGUUGAUUGAGCAGAUUUAA